AUGGCGGCUGGACAUAGAGCUAUCGUUAGAGAUCGUAUGAAUCAGAGGCAAGUGCCACGUCCUCGUGUUUUUCGCGAUAGGAGUAACCCUCUGGAGGACCUAAGGGCAGAGGAGAUAUUUGCUCGCUAUCGUAUCCGGCCGGAAACGAUCUACUUCAUUGUUGAUUUAUGCCAGACAGCUGCCCGGGACACAGGCAGAUGUUUCGCAAUACCUUUAGUGUUGUGCGUUUUAAGCUACCUGCGGUUUUUGGCAACAGGAGCUUUCCAGUUGACUGUCGGUGACACUGUCAACCUGAGCCAGCCCACAGUAAGCAGAGUUUGCCGCCAGGUUGGACAGGUGCUUUCUGCUCUUGCAGACCGGUAUAUCUGCUUCCCCUCCGGUGAUCGUGUCCGCCAAGUGAAGCAGCAGUUCGGUGCCAUGGCUGGCUUUCCCAACGUUGUCGGGGUAAUUGAUUGCACCCAUGUUCUGAUAAAGAAGCCAUCGGCCAAUCCAGAGGAUUACAUUGGGAGGAAAGGAGUUCCUACAAUAAAUGUUCAGGCUGUAUGUGAUGCCUCAUAUAGGAUCACAUCAGCAGUAGUGAUGUGGCCAGGGAGGACACACGAUGCACGUAUCUGGCGCCAAUGUGCACUCCGAAGGAGGUUUGAAGAUGGUGAUAUGCAAGGGUUUUUACUUGCUGACAGUGGUUAUGCCUGUACAAGGUAUAUGUUAACCCCCUACAUGAAUCCUGUGGGAGAGGCACAGGCACGUUACAAUGGAGCACUGUGUCGCACAAGGGUCAUUGUUGAGCAAACCUUUGGAAUUUUGAAGCAACGAUUUCAGGUAGAAUAA